UAACUAUACCUUUGACCCAACGACGUAGAUGAGGAGGAGAAAACAACACAGACAAAACAGGCCACGCCAAGCGGGUCGUUUCGACAAAGCGGACCAAGAUUUCGAAAGCGGGUGGUUUUGACAGUUUGAACAUCGAAACCCGACCCAAAGGAAGCUUCGGAUCUCAUAUUAUUCCGAUUCCCGAUUCUGUAUAAAGCAACAGACGUGGACAUUUCAACGUUCGAAUCCACCAGCCGGCUCAGCCCUCAUAGGAAACAUCAAAUAACCCCCUCUUUUUUUUCCAACAUACAACCGGUAAAAUCUCGUUUAUUUUCUUCAGAACGGGAAGAGUGGCGUAUGGCGUAAAUGGCCUCGGAGAGGGAAAGUUUCGACCUUUCAGGACCAUUGCACCUAACUUCCAUUGACUGGCAGAACACUCAGCAUCGAAGAUCUGUUGCCGCUUGUUUGGUUCAGGGUGUCUACAUUCUUGAACGGGACCGCCAAGAGGAAAGAGAAGGGCCCCAGGCCCUUGCUCCUCCUUGGUGGGAGUUCUUCCAUUUUAAGCUGCUCCGUAAGCUUGUGGAUGAUGUUGGUUUCUCUACCUUUGGUGCCUUAUACGAGUUUAAACCUCCACCAUCUCUUUGUAACCGUCCAUCGGAAGGAAGCCCUUGUUAUGUGAUUGCCUUCCGAGGCACCUUAACGAAGUAUGACUCAGUCUCACGAGAUCUUGAGUUGGAUGUUGAGGUGAUCCGAAAUGGACUUCACAGGACAUCUCGCUUCGAGAUUGCUGUGCAAGCUGUCCGAAAUAUGGUUGCUGCAUCAGGUCCUUCAAAUGUUUGGUUAGCUGGCCACUCCUUGGGGUCUGCCAUGGCAAUGCUUGCUGGAAAAACUAUGGCUAGCUCUGGCAAUUAUCUCGAAUCUUUUCUCUUCAAUCCGCCAUUUGUGUCUGCCCCAAUAGAGAGGAUUCAGGAUACGAGAGUGAAGCAUGGGCUUCGGUUUGCAGGCAGUGUGAUUACUGCUGGACUCACUCUUGCUAUGAAGGCUAAACAGCAGCAGCAACAACAACAACAACAACAACACAGAAGUCAACCAGAAGACGAACCAUUCACUACUAUGGCUGCAUGGCUCCCAGGUCUAUUUGUCAAUCCAGCUGAUGACAUCUGCUCUGAGUAUAUAGGGUAUUUCGAACAUAGGAAAAAGAUGGAGGACAUUGGAGCAGGAGCCAUUGAGCGGUUAGCAACCCAGAACUCUCUGGGGGGUCUACUAAUGCACGCAAUGGGAAAGCAGGCAGCACCCGAGCCGCCAUUGCACCUCAUUCCUUCUGCAAAUCUGACUGUUAAUUUAACCCCUUCAAGGGAUCUGAAAGAAGCCCAUGGAAUUCAUCAGUGGUGGAGAGAUGACCUGCAAUUACUUUCUGAGGUCCACAGAUACAAAUAGCGUUUCGGUAUUUUGGUGAACAGUAAAGCAGCAGCCUCCAAGCUCGUUUACAUCAACCAAUAGUUUGGAAAUAACAAAGCAAAGAAAUGAGGAAGAAGAGCAAUUGGAGGUUGAAGAGUCUCUCUAUACAAAGGGUAUCCUACAUUACUCAAAUGUGAAGCGGUUUACUUAACUGUUCAGCAAUCGGAGCAAGUUGAAAUGAUACUGAUGUCAUAUAAGUUGUUUAUUCAUUUACCUUAAUUGCACCGUGACGGAUAUUGAUGAUUACUAAAAUGCCAUUGUUCUUGUACAUCAUAGUAAACGUGAAAGUUUGCAUU